AUGGAGAUAAGAAACAAUACCGUGGUGACAGAAUUCAUCCUACUUGGUCUGACUCAGUCCCAAGAUAUUCAGCUCCUGGUUUUUGUGCUGAUUUUAAUUUUCUACCUCAUCAUCCUGCCUGGAAAUUUACUCAUUAUCUUCACUAUCAGAUCAGACCCUGGUCUCUCAGCUCCUCUUUAUUUCUUCCUGGGUAACCUGGCCUUCCUGGAUGCGUCUUAUUCCUUCAUUGUGGCUCCCAGGAUGCUGAUGGACUUUCUCUCUGAGAAGAAGGUGAUUUCUUACAGAGGCUGCAUCACUCAGCUCUUCUUCCUGCAUUUUCUUGGAGGAGGAGAGGGGUUACUUCUUGUUGUGAUGGCCAUUGACCGCUACAUUGCCAUAUGCAGGCCCUUACACUAUUCAACUCUCAUGAAUCCUAAGUCCUGCUAUAUGUUACUAUUGGCUUUGUGGUUUGGGGGCCUUGUUCACUCCAUUAUCCAAGUCAUUCUCAUCCUCCGGCUUCCUUUCUGUGGGCCAAACCAGCUAGAUAACUUCUUCUGUGAUGUUCCGCAGGUCAUCAAGCUGGCUUGCACAGACACCUUCGUAGUGGAGCUCCUGAUGGUCUUCAACAGUGGCUUGCUCACCCUCCUGUGUUUUCUAGGCCUUCUGGUCUCCUAUGCAGUCAUCCUCUGCCAUGUACAUAGAUCCUCUUCUGAAGGAAAAAACAAGGCUCUAUCCACAUGCACAACUCAUGUCAUUAUUAUAUUUCUCAUGUUUGGACCUGCCAUCUUUAUCUACACUCGCCCGUUUAGGGCCUUGCCGGCUGAUAAGGUGGUUUCCUUCUUUCACACUGUGAUUUUCCCUUUGAUGAAUCCUGUUAUUUAUACUCUCCGCAACCAAGAGGUGAAAUCUUCCAUGAAGAGACUAUUGCACAGGCACACAUUCUGUUAA